AUGGAAGAUAGAUGUGUUCCAUUAAGAAAUUUGGACGAAAAAACUGUCGAAUGGUAUACAAAGGUGAUCCUAUUGACUAAAGGGAUUCUUGUCAAUUCCAAAGGAAAAGCAGGCUCCUUCCAACGCUUUCUCUUUGCUGAUAAAAAGAAAACUGUUAUGCAAGCUGUCAUCUACACAAAGGACCUGAAUUUCCUUGAACAAAAGCUUCAGCUUUAUGAAACUUACUAUAUUGGGAAUGCCUUUAUAACCAAAAUAGAAGAUCCUAAGUACCAAUACGGAUCUGUACCCUUUCAAAUGACAUUGACAAGGAAAAGUUUUCUUGAAAAAGUUGAAAGAACCAAGAGCUACCAUCUAGAUGAGUGCCUACCAAUAACUCCUUUUUGGGAAAUAGAUGUUGAUCCAGACAAAGAGAAUGAAAAUCUGAGUGUCAAACUUGGAACUUUCCAUGGGACAUGUGUUGGUGCUCAAAACAACACCAAAAUCAUAUUUGAUCCACCAAUCCCUGAGACAAACUCUUUGAAAACUUGGAUUGUCGAAAACAAAGACUAUGCUGAAAAUGUCAUCAAGGAGAAACUUUAUGAGAAACAGAAGCAAGAGGUUCGAGUACCAAAAGAAAAACAUAUCCGUCAAAUCAAUCAAGUCCUUAACAUACAACACACGGUGAAAAAUUGUUGGGUCAAAGCUACAGCAACCAUAAAAGACAACCAACGUCUAUACACAGCGAUUUGUCCGAAUUGUGACAAUCCAUCUGGUGCACCAAUGGGCAUAAUUUCUACUUGCAACUAUUGUGGUACCUCUGGAAAAGCACCAAAACCAGGCUUAAAAUUUGUCAUCAACUUGGCUGACAUCACUGGUACUCUACAAGCUGUUAUCCAAAAUGAAUAUGCUGAAAAAUUGUUACGAUACAGUGCUGAUGAAGUUUAUCAUAACCAUCUAGCGGUAAGUACAAACAUUUAA